AUGACUUGGGACUCAUUCAAGAGGCUCGCCAUUGUCGCUCAGAAAACAGCAAAAGCAUCGCUAAAUGCGGCUCGAACUGCUGUGACAGAGACUUACAAGCAGAACAAGAUCAGAGCUGAGGCAGCAGAGGCCCGGGAAAAAGAAGAAGCGGCUCAAAACAAAAACUUUUUCGAAAAAAUGGGUCCCAGCCGUGAAAUGUCGUUAUCGGAAGCAAUCGAAGUCCUUGGAAUCGAAGAUCAAUACAAGACAGAGGAAUUUACUGUCAGCCUAAUUGAAGAGCGUCACGAAAAGAUGAUAGAAAUCAAUCAAAAGGGCAAAGUCGUCAGCCCGUAUUUGGUGGCGAAGAUUAAUAACGCUAAAGAUUCUGCCAUUGUGGCGGCGCUCAUGGAAGCGGAAAAGAAUUCUAGCGCCGCAGAAGCCGAUUCCAGUCUCUUGGUGAUCAAAUUUCUCCUCGCAUUCGCAGUCUACAUCGCCGACGUCAACUUGCUCUGGCUCAUCGCUAUCUUUAUCAUGUCCAACAGAAUCUUCACCGAAGGAAUUUGCCGACUUUGUGAUCUCGUCAUCGCCGAUUUGAUCGACCAGGACUUUGUUGAAAACGACAGAAAAGUGACAGCCUCGGCUUUCUUUUUCGGAUCAACCGCGCUUUUGACCAAGCCAGGCCAAAGUCUAGCGCCAAUUAUCGGUACCGCGCUGCUUACAGUAGCAGCUGGUUCGGAUGAUAUCAGAGCGAGGACAGAAGAAGAAGCCCUUACAGAGGAAGAUUUUAAGUCUUAUUGCUUGGUACUGACAGGGGUGCCGAUGGUUUGCUCGAUUUUGCAAAUUCUUAUUUGGAAUGAGGUGAUGGAUGCUAAUAAUUACGCUCGGGCAAAAUUUGCUUACGAGCCUCAGAAUGCUGAUGAGCUCAGCCUCACCAAAGGCGACUAUGUUGAGAUUUUGAACAGCGAAGAAGAAGAAUGGUGGGAGGCCCGUAUUCUCACCUCGAAUGAAAGAGGAUGGAUUCCAAAAGCAUACUUGAGGCCGCUCAAAGGACAAAAAGAGCUCGACAAGGUCUUACGUUUACUGAGAAAAAGUCCAAAAGGAAGAAAUUCUGGAGCAGAGCCGGUAGAAGCUGUGGUGCAAAAUGACUGGUUCAAAAAAGUGUAUAUCGAAGUUAUCGAAGAUUCGAAGAAGUAUCUGAGAGAUGUGGAAGCGAUAAGAACAACCUGUGCCAAAGUAAGGGAGGCUCUUGGAGACACGGCGUAUGCAGUAUCGAAGUUGGAAGCGAGCUCGGAUAAACUGAGGGGAGUUGAAAAUCGAAUUGUAGAGAGAUUUCAACAUGAUAUUGACUCUGAGUCGCCAAGCGCUGGAAGAAUCCUAAAUGAGACACUCGAAGAAUACAGAAAUGUUUAUGAGUCGUAUCACAUCAACCACCCAACAGCAGUUGACUCCCUCCAACGCGAGCAACAUCACAUUCAGAACCUUGAUCUCAAUGCCAUCAGAUCAUCCUGGGCGAAGCCACUUUUGAGAUUAGAAAACUUUCCUUUGAGAUUAAGAGAUCUUGAGAAAUAUUAUGGGGAAGCAGAUGAGGAUAGAAAUCUUCUUGCCCGAUCAAUCUACCAAAUUGAAGAAGUCCUACUCCAGAAGUGCCAGAGUAUAAGGAAAAAUAAAGAGCUCGAACUUGCUGUACUCCAGCAGCCUAUCAGAAAUUGGACUGGUGACUCUAUCGAUGAGCUCGGCUCUCUCAGACUAAUGACUCCUUUAAUGAUUCGCGCAGGUCGCGAAAUCAAAGCUUUCAACGGCUAUGGUCUCGUCUUUUCAUCAGCUAUUGUUUUGAUCACAGCGACAGAUCGCAUGUCUGGAUUCGUACUCGUUGCAAAUAUUCCAAAAGUUAAACUAGCGGUUUCGCGAAAGAGUGACACUUGUGUCGAGACAACUGGUAACGCAGGUCACUUCUGGUUCGUCUUCGAGUCCAAAGAAGAUACCGAUGAGUGGUGGGGAGCAAUGGAAGCUCUCAAUGUUCAAAUUUCAAAGUCGCUUUCGACAACCCAAAUUCUUCAUCCCUCUGAUCGAUCGAGCUUCUCUGAAGUGAACGGGCACGGACCUCGAAAAAGUCGAGAAAGACCAAGCUAUUCUACUGAGAGCAGUGCUACCCUCAACGUUGAUAACAAAAGAAAUCCCAGAUCAAAAUCUGGUAGUCCAUUUGCAGUUAUGGCACCGGUUAAACAUGUUCCCAUCAGAACUUCACGAAAUCCAGUUGAAUAUUCUUCAUACAACCACAAUCAGUCCUCCCCACCACCGAUCAAACUCUGUCCUUCUUCAUCAACCUUAUCCACAACAGAAAAGAUGAACGAUAUCGGAAGAGACCAGAGUCGGGAGGAGACGGAACGAAUGCGCGCCAGCUUCGCUGCUGAUUUUGCUGGAACGAUUCGAGUUUAUCAAGUGCUCAACGAACGAUGGCAAGAUAAAGCUCCUCCCUUUCUUUUGCGAAAUAUUGAUUAUAUAAGAGACAACGAUAUAAGAGUAGCGAAAAAACCACCGAAAGAACCAAAAAUUAACAAGCCAUGCAAGAAGAAGCCAAAGCUAAAAUCGCGAAUCUCAGACGUAACAGAAAAAUUGAAACUAACCGCACAGCCGGUUCGAACAUGUGAUUCUAUGAGGAUAUCUCUCAAUGGCAUCCAUAAUGUAAAAAACGUCGACGAGAGGGCACAUAAAAACUUUGUCCAGUGCAAGAUCAAAUUCAUCGGCAAUACUGCUCCUCACAAACGAAAACCAACGGAAGAGCAAAUUUUCAAGACGAUCCAGACCUAG